CCGCAUUACCAAUAGGAGAUCCCGAGAACGCCAUGGCGUCGUCACUUUUCCCACAGUUCGGCAACGUGUUCGCGCCGAGCACCGCCGGCCGCAACGAGCUGGUGUCGUUCAACGCUGGCAAGAUGACAGUCAAGCCCACUGCCAACGGCAAAUUCCUAAUAACUCCUCAGCUGGAGAAGGGCAAAGUGUGUCUCUCGCGUGGAGAUGACCAACUUCUGCACUUCCAGUGGGUUGACCGCCAGACCGGCGCCAGUCCAGAGGACUUUAUCAUCUUCCCGGACGACGCGCACUUCGCCAAGGUAGACACAGGGCGCACCAACGACCGCGUGUAUAUUUUGCAGUACAAGAACUCGUCGCGUCGCUUCUUCUUCUGGAUGCAGAAUAAGGACGCGUCGCGCGAUGAGGAUCUCGUCAAGAAGGUGAACGAUUGUAUGAACAACGCCCAGGCAGCCUCCAGUAGCGAUGGCAGCCGCGGAUCUGGCAACAACGUGCAGCUGGACCACAACGCCAUCAUGCAGAUGCUUGGUGCCAUGGGCGCCGGAGACCAGGGACGCGGCGGUGCUGGUGGCAGUGGUCAGGCUGUGCAAAUGUCGGAGCUGCAGAACAUCCUACAGAACAUGGGACUGCCUGCGGGUGCCCAGUCGGCAGCCUCGUCGCCUGCCACGUCGGCCGUGUCGUCGUCUCAGGCGUCGCAGAACGGCGGAGGAAGCUCGGCGGCUGCGACGACGGCGUCGACGCAGCACGAACACGAUGUGGGUGGCAUGGAAGUGGACGAAAUGGACGAGGACGAGCUACUACGUCUGGCGAUCGAGGAAAGCAUGCGCGACGGGGGCAGCACCGACCCCAACGCCCCUGGAGGCAACACUACAGAUGCUGCAACUUCGUCAGCUCCUGCAUCGACGCCUGCUGCCACUGUGCCACCUCUUUCUGCGACAGCUCCAGCACCUGCUUCGGCGACUCCAGCUACUGGAACUCUCACUACGGCAGAUCUCCAGCGUGCGAUGGCUUCUUUCCAGCAGCUAGAGCUGCGGUCGCCUCAGUUACGCCAGAGCAUCGGGUCUCUUGUGAAUGCUCUGCAGACGGGCAACUUCAACGCAGUUAUGGCCAAUUUCGGUUUGGACCCUUCUGCAGGUGCUUCCAAGCUGGCAUUUGGAGACGGUGUGGGUGCACUUUUGGCCGCGAUUCAGGCGUGGACAGACCAGCAAGAUACAGCCAUGAACGGAGACCAAAGCAAGUAG